AUGCACUCGAUCAUCGCUCUCCUCUUUGCUGCUCUCGCCGCCGUCGUUGCUGGGCAAGACGCCACCGCCGCUCCGAUGCCGGCCACCUUGGUCAGCGCGACGCCUAGCCAAGACGCGUCAAGCACCGGCAGCCUCGAUGCGUCCACGCCGCUCACAGCUGGGUCGAACGGUCAUGAAGGCGAUGACGGCACGGACAAAACUCGUCUGGGCGGCAACUACGCGAACCAGGCCGGCAAGUACGACAACAAGGGCGGCAACUAUGGCCAUCAGGACGGCGACUAUGGCUACAAGCCCGAUGGAUACGGGACCCAAGCUGGCAACUACGGGAACCAGGGUGUUGGCUACGGUGAGCGCGGUGCCAUCAACAAAGGUGCUGGCUAUGGCCACCAAGACCUCGGCUACGGCCACCAAGCUACCAACUACGGCACCGGGUACGGGAACCAAGGUGCUGGUUACGGCGACCACAACAUCGGCUACGGCAACCAAGGCGUGGGUUACGGCAACGGUGGCGCCACGUAUGACAACAACUACGGGGAUCGUGGGUACGGCCGCUCCAACGUCCGGGGCGCCACUGGCGCUGGCUACGACGCGCGCCAGACGUACGGUGGGCCGAGCUACGGUAGUGCUCGCCAAGACUACGGGAAGUAUGGCCGCGUUGACAAGGAUGCGUAUCUUCGCCGCUAG